GUUCUCGUUCGGGUCGCACGAAACGAAGCGCAGAAAGCUUGCAUCUCUUCCUUGGGUCACGAUACUCUUCUCCUUUUGUGACGACGAAGAACAUGAGACACUCCAGUCACAAACAUUGCCAGGAGGCUGGUAUAUGAGGUAGAACACCGGUCAGAUUGUACACAGCCGUAAGAACACAACAAAGACGAAACACGAUCGACACCUAAGACGAAACACGAUCGACACCUUUACGCCGAUGUAACAAGACGUCUGUCCGAGAGGCCUUAUGCCGCGGCAAGAAAAGGCAGGCGGGAAGGCAAAACUCGGCACGUCGUUCCCACUUGGACAGGGCAGCAGGCACCUGACCGAACACAAACAAGAGGGAGUAGAAGUCAUUCGAAGUGUUUCGGCCGAACUCCUUAUUCCUCCUUCACCUUGUGUCUACAUCGAGCCGCUCAAAUCGACCAGCCGCAGGGCAUCCACGUCCACACCAAUCCCCCUUGCAGACCGCCUCAGGAGCUCUCCGGUCGCUGGGGCGCUGCGGAGCCACCCCUCGGCCCCCUCCACAUCUGCCUCGGUCGUGCCCAGCACCACAUACCCACUCGCCGACGCCGCACUCACACGCACAUAGGCGGCGAAAGCAUUAUCACGACGGGCGCCCGACAAGACAAUGACGCGCUGGUGCUUGGAGCCGUCAGGGGACGCGCAGUCGACGUGCGCGAUGUCGUCCUGGAUGGGUGAUGUGGCAAGAGUCCGGUAGAGGUCCAUCACGGGGCCUGGGUGGGACACCGUGCUGGCCGCCAGCGACCGGGUGGCUUGGUGGGCGCAUGUCGCGACGAGCCACACGACACAGGCCGAGAAGGAUGGGAACAGCUGUCCGUCCGCUGUGCUGACAACCGGAUCGUUGCUGUCGUAUUGCUGCCUGUAAGGAUGGUCGACAUCGAUGUCGCCCAGAGGCACGACGCGGACACGCUGAGGGCCAACGAGAAGCUGCCCAUCCUCAGCCCCAACUGUCAGGGCCAUGCCGACCAGCCGGUCACCGAAUGUGGCGUACUGCGCGAUGGCUCGCGGCGUCUUGUGGUAGGCUCUCCUGCUGCUGUGCUGCUGGGUGGCCCGCGGGCAGUGUGAGGGGCAGCCGAUCAGCAACAGCAGCAGCCAGAUGGAUGGCCUCGCCAUCUGCCGAGGGUACCUCGGCCAUCCAUCACCACAUAGAGCGCCCGUGACACAUAGCCGAAGUGUGUCAGGC